AUGAAAAAUUAUAGAAAAUGGGCAUUAAUAUUGACGAUUCUCAUUUCUUGGGUUGUGCUAGGAUCAGCAGAUAUCUCGCUGCCCUCGGAUCAAAUAUAUACUGACUCUACUAUAGACAUCACCUGGAAGCUCUCCUCAAAUAUUGAUAAUGAUAUCAAUAAUACCUCUAUUGGAUAUUUAAUAAUAAUAAAUACGGAAGACGGGAGCUUCAACGUAAUAGAUGACCAUUUAAAUACCUUAGCUUUAUCAAAAACUUGGAAUAUCAAUGUACCAUCUGGAAUUUAUCUUUUUGCUCUUAAUGACGGAAGCAAAGAAUAUUAUUCGGAAAAAUUCACGAUAUUAGAAGAGACUGAAGGAUACUCCGACACACAUGGUAGUAGUGAGACUUACGUGGCCUCCUCCCACUUGGCUUUUGGAUGUAUAUUACCGGUUUUCCACCAAAACUGGCGGUACUUUUUUAGUUCAUCUUCAUCCGUCGCUGGGUCUCUAAGAGAGGUAGAACCUGCCGUUUUACUAGACAUGACACCGCUUGAGUAUUUUACCCGACAUAAUCCUCUUCCUGGCCCAUUUCCUUUGCCAUUCUUGGGCAAUUCGCAUCUAUUUACCGGCGAUGCGUCCAUUGCAAUUCAAAAACUUUAUGAAAAAUAUGGUGAUAUGUGGGAGCUUUACGUGGGCUCGAGACGACAGAUCUGGCUUUGCCGUGCUGAUCUUGUGGAAAGAAUUUUUCAUGUAUCAGUUAAAAGUAACUUUCUAAAACGUUCACCUCCUAACAAAGGUCUGGACGAAUUAGGGGUGUCCAAUAAUGGUCUCAUAUUCAACCAAGAUUUGGAUGGUUGGCAUCGUAGUAGAAGUUUUAUAAACAAAGUGAUCGUGUCACCAAAAUUCCUAAGGCAAUCUGUCCCAUGGACACAAAGUAUUUUCGAAGAAAUUGAUCAAUAUUGGUCUGAACUUGGAGAAGAUACAGUCUUUGAAUUUAAUAAAUGGAUGAAAUAUUUUUUUAUGGAUAAGACCUUUUUAUUAUUGAUGAAUAUUCGAACACAUACGUUGGCUAAUUAUUAUAACAAAUUGUCACCAAACAAGAAAGUUGAUGUUUCAGAGACUUUUUUAAUAGAUAGUAAUGCCUUUUUAAAAUGCACAGAAUCAUCUACAAAAAGUGUACUAUACUUUUAUUUUUUCCCGACCAUUAUACGACAUUUUCCAGGAAUAAAUUUGUAUACGCGACAUCUUUUAAGACAAUGGAAUCAAUUUACGGAUUAUUUACGAAAAAUCGUUGGAACAAGAAGGGAAGAAAUUGCCAGUACGCCCGAAAAUCAAGAAUUAUCUCCUGAUAUCUUAACAUUACUUUUAAUUUCAAAUACUCCACGAGAUUUCAUAAGAAAAGAAAAUGAUGAAAAUAAACCCAUGGAUGAAGAAGAUAUAAUUGCAAAUAUGAGAUCUCUUCUGGUUGGCUCAAUUGAAACGUUACCAAGCACAAUGUGUUUCGUAGUAUAUUACUUGGCUCGUUAUCCCCAAGUUAAAAAACUCGUGUUUCAAGAAUUAGAUGAAAUUUUCGGAAAAAAUAUUGAUAGAAACAUUACUCCCGAUGACAUUCCUCACCUGAAAUAUUGUGAAGCAGUCAUUAAAGAAGUUUUACGUAUUUUGCCGAUUACACCGGCGACCGUUCGUAUUUCUUCAGGUUCCGAUGAAAUUGGUGAAAUAAACUUUCCUGAAAACACAGAGUUCGGAAUAAACAUCAGUGGCAUCCAUAUGAACAAGGCUCAUUGGAAAGACCCUGAAAGAUUUGACCCUGGUAGAUUUUUAGAAGUCAAUGAUCAUGAUCCGCAUGCAUUUAUCCCGUUCGGGGGUGGAUUGAGAAUAUGUCCAUCAAAGAAUAUGACUAUUUCAGGGAUUAAAAACUUGAUGGCUUUAAUAUAUAGAAAGUAUGAUAUUGAGCUAUCCGAUAUUAACGCGCCUAUAAAGUACGUCACUACCACUACCAGACGUUGUAGUGAGCUAAAAGUCAAGAUCAAGAGAAGAAAUUUAUGA